AUUGAUCGUACUCGCAAGCGUAAUUUCGAUUUUCACUAGCGCAUCUGGCGGCGGCUGACCGAAGCAUUUUGAUAAACAAUGUGGAGCCGCUCCAGAAAAUAUGUUAUUUUUCUAUGUUUUUUACUUUAACUGGACUGGAAAAGCUUUGUAAUUGAUAGACAAACAUAUUGUGCAAGUAUUUCAGCCGUUUUCGCAUAAAAAACGGUGUAAAAACUAAUUAAUUUUGAGAUCCAACACGACCAUUCCCCCGACGACCAAAAAAAGCUUCCACCAGCCGCCGCCAGAUGCGCUAGUGAAAAUCGAAAUUACACUUGCGAGUACGAUCAAUGUAGCCCGGCCUUAACAUUUGGCUGAGUCACCUGCCCUGCGGCGGCGGCAGCUCCAACUGCAGUGCCUACAAUCGUGAGCGCGUCAAACAAUACACCCGAUCGUCACCAUGGCAACGACAGGUAGGAAAACAAAGUGAAAUUGUUCGGUGCGUUGCUUUGUAGCGAAGCGUAUCGUGGUGAGUGGCAGUACUUCGCUACGCUGUGGCAAAGGGAAAACCAAUCAACAAAGAAAGGGUACGGCAGCUCCAAAUUGUGGCGUUUACAUAAAAAAUGGCGGACGACAACUCCUGGGUGUUUGAUUCGUUGGUGUGCUUUUUGCACGGCCCGGUAUGGAAUGCACCGCUGCAGACGUUCAUCGAGGAUAAAUCGAUUAUUUUCGAUCCCAACCUGCAGCCGGACGAGAACAAUCCCGACUUCCGGAAGGUGCACGAUGAGUACAAGAAUCUGGUCGACUACAUGCUCGGUUCGUUCAUGGAGGAGAUGCAAAUCACGCCGGAACAGUUCGAGUUUGCCUGUCUGGAGGGCCGGCACGUCGCUAGUCUGGGAAGUGCCGGGGCUGGUGGGGCACGCGCCGCAUCCGCCGGUACGCCCGGUGGCAGCAGUGACCGAGCAGAUCAGUCCGGUGGCAAUACGUUCUCCUUCCAUCAGGGUUUGUUCCAGCAAAUAUGGGCCGCAAACGAUAUACGCAUCUUCAUACGCAUGAUGGUGCAGCGCAACGUCGAGCUGCAGCUGCAAGCGUUGGAUCUUAUCGAGCGCCGAUCGCAAAGCCUUUCCUCCAAGCGUGACGAAGGUUCCGUUGAUGGGGCUGGAGGGGAGGCUGGUGACACUGGAUUGGAGCUGAAGCCUGCGGAAGACACGCCCGAGGAGCGUGAAAUUGAGCAGGAUAUUUUAAAAUCGGUCGAAAAUGAGUUAAAAGUACCGCUGCUGACAGAAGGGGACGCUGGUGCACCGGAUCAAACGCAAGCGUCUGCUUUGGCCGGUACGCUUGAGGGAGGGCUGCCGCGCACGGAAAGUGAUAAGUUUCAGCGCUUGAAUUUGUUUUUCGACCAGGAAAAGAUCAACACGGACGACAUGAAAGCGCGGCAGGAGUAUUUGCGAACCCAGCGGGACAAGAUACUGACCAUCAAGAAGCAGGCGCGGGCCCGGCAGCUGAACGAAACGAUACGCAAAAGCGAACGCCCAGCGUCGGCACAGGUGGCACAGAAGUUUCUGGACGGUGAAACCGAAUCGGUACCGGUUGAGCCGCCGGAAGGUUCGCUGCAGCUGCGCAAGAUGCUGGCCCAACGGCUGCGCAACGAGGUAGCCAUCGAUAAGGAGUGAAGCUCGGCACAGAUACGGGGUCAGUGUGAUGGAAGGGUAUAGAAAUCGAUAUCGCAUGAAACACAGCUCGUCCUCGUCCUCGCACAAUGUGAUAUUAUCACCGGCAGUGUGCAGUGUCGAUCGAUA